AAAUGAGUGAAUGUUUACUUCAAGAAGAUCUUCCAUUGAUGUCUAAUGUUGAUGAAAUUUUAGUUCGUCAUUAUAACUUUGAUUUUCAGUGUCAUUUUAAGACAAAGACAUUUAUGUGUUUUGCUGUGUUAUUUCUCGAACCUGUUGUAAAUAAAUUUGAUCCUCCCAGUAAUGAGCUGGGAUGCCCUUCUGAAUAUCAUUUGAAAGAAGUGGAUCAGACUGAUAGAGGAUUUGAACUAAUUCUGGACUGCCACAAAAUCUUAGUAAAAGAGGUGAUAGAAUUAAAGUUUUCACCUGAACAAUUUAUGCCCUUUAAAUUCAGAGCUUCAUCUCUUACUAAUGGAGAACAUUUAUUUUUUGAAGUUACAGAGUGGUCAUUAAAAAUAUGGAAAAAUAACAAAACAUGCAAAUAUUGUUUCCCUAAAAUAAUUCAAAUAUCCUAUGAGACAAUACCAUCUUGUCCAUCUGUUAUGUGGGUAAAGGACCAGAAUGACAAACCUUCCGUAUUCACUUAUGGUGCAUUUAUCAACAAUCGAGCUUUGUUUCCAUGCCAGGAACCCCCGGUUGCAAUGGCUACAUGGGAAGCUGUGAUUAGCAUUGCAGAUUCCAUGGUUGCUCUCAUGAGUGGAGAUGAGGAACCUGAAGUGAUUCAUGAUCAAGGUCUUAUUCAUUUUUACUAUUCAACGAAGAAAGUUCUUCCUCUUUCUACUUUGUGCCUUGCAAUAGGAAUGUGGCAGGAGUAUUUGGUUCCAUUAGAAAACAAGAAUGGUCCCAAAUGCAGAAUAUUUGCCUGCUCUAAAGUUUUAGACAAAGCAAUACAAGAAUUUUCACAUUAUAUUCUGCAAUGCUUGAGCGUAUCUCAUGAAUUACUUGGACCUUAUCCAUUUCCAAGAAUUGAUUUUCUCAUUGUUCCUUCAUCUUUUAGUAAUCUUGGUAUGGCAAGUCCGAACUUGGUGUUUCUGUCUCAAUCUCUUCUUGCUGGUGAUAAGAGCCUGUGUUCUCGUAUUUCCCACGAGGUUUCACAUGGCUGGUUUGGAUUAUCUAUUGGGGCAUUAGAUUGGACAGAAGAGUGGCUUAGUGAAGGUUUUGCCACAUUUGUUGAAGAUAUUCUUCACUCAAAGACUACAAAAAUGUCUCCUGAAGAUUCUGAGAAGUAUAUGGAACUGAAGGCUAUGAUCCGAAGAAAGGCUUUAUUAGAUGAAAUAGAAAAUACUCAAGAUGAUCUUCAAAUUCUUAGACCUUCGCAUGGGGAAGACAGUAAGCAUGUUGUGGAUGGAGUAAAUGCAACUGUUUUAAAAAAUGGUCAGAACCCAAUCAAAGGUUUCAUUCAAGUUCAUUACAUAAAAGGAUGCUUUCUACUAAAAUAUCUUUCCAAUCUGGUUGGUGUGCAAUCCUUCAUGGAAUUCUUAAAAAUAUACACUAUAAAAUAUGAAGGUCAACUGGUAACAUGCAAGGAAUUUCUUACUUUCUUUUUGAAUUCAUUUCCAUCUUUGAGUCAAUCUUUUUCUGUUGAAUACAUUUAUGAAAAUUGGUUACAUAACUCUGGAGUUACUUCGGAAAUAGAAAAUUUGAAGCCAUCACCUGAAAAUAAUUUAUUUACUGAAACUCUUGAAGAGACUGAAAAGUGGCAAAAGUUCAAUACUCUUUCUAAGAAAAAAAGGAAUAAAAGAAGAAAGCUGAGCUUAGAUCAUUUUUCCAAUCUCUUUCCUGAUCAAAUAAUUCUGCUCCUGGAAAAUCUUCUUGCUGAAGAAGAACUUACCAAUUACACUCUCAGUUGUUUAGAUCAAGUAUUCCAUUUCAAUAAAUGCAAUGCUGAGAUUCAACAUCGAUGGUUAGAAUUGGUAGUGAAAUAUAAAUACAAAUGUCAAUAUAAUUUUUUGAGAGAUUUUUUGAUAAAUCAUAUGGCAAUGGGUGUGUAUCUGUAUGGAGAACUCAUUUAUUCUGGUGACAAAAUGCAAAAAGAGAUUGCUAAAGAGUGUUUUUCAUGUUGUAAGGAUGAAAUGGAACCAAACUUCCGAAGCACCAUUGAAAACAUGUUUCUUCAGUCAGUUAGUGAUUAAAAGAUUAUGAGAUGACAACUCUAAUUUUUAUUCGUCAAAUGUUGAAUAAAUUUACUAGCCAGUUGACAUAAUAAGAAAGGGAAUAAUCAGUUGACAUAUUAAACUGUGUACUUAUGUAUGUAUAUAUGUGUAGAGUUUAAUUAAUUUUUUGGAUUGUUUUAUGACAAUGAAGUGGAAUUACAUCGAUUAGUUUAUGUAUAUAUUUAUACUUCAAAUUGAGCUAAAAGCAAUGAAUUAUUAUUUAUUGAUUUCAUUUAUAAAAUAUGUUUUUAAAGAUGUAAUCAAAUGGGAUUUUUUUUUGUUUAUGUUGUUGAGAAAAAGUUAUAUGUAUUCUAUUUGUUUCCUAU